UUGAGAACGAUUUCCAUUUACAUUUACUCAUUACUAGUAUUGAACCAGCAGAUUGAUGGUACUGGUGGAAGAGGAAGGGUUAAUUAUCCAGGAACCCGAACACCUGAUCAUGGAGAACCCCGAACUUGAACCACUGCCGCUGCCGGAAAUUAUAUAAAAUGAUCGUCGACAUCAUCACUAUCCCCGGAGAUCCUAGCGCGAUGUGCAUUGGCUCGGGCGCGUUAGAGUAUCGUGCCUGCAGUCCUGCUAUAACUUAUGAUCUGUAUGUAGUACUUAAGGGACAAUUAUCAGUGAACCUAACCUCGUUGCUUCGUUGAACGUGCAUGUCUACCAUGUCAUGACAAAACCACAUGUUUUUGGACACUGUUCAAUGCGCAUUGAUCAGGGCGGGGCAGGCCUGCUCGACAGAACGACGAGAAUAACGAUGUGAUACAGGAAAACACGGGCUUAACGAUCAAGAACACCGGUCCAAAUUAUCAGGAGCAAGCAUAAUGGCCUGGACUCUAGUGACACCGUCUUCCAGAGGUAUCGGUUUCGCGCUGACUCGUCAGCUCCUCAAGACUCUGCCACCCAGCAUUCCCAUUGUUGCAACCACGCGAUCCGACGUGGGCGGUACUAAAGAGAGACUUGUCUCGGGACUGCAGCUGAGCGAAGGGCAAGCAUCUCGGCUUGAUGUGCAAGAAUGUGAUGUCCUGUCGGAAAAUUCCAUAUCCACAUUGGCCAGAUACUGCAAAGGACGAUAUAACGACAAGCAGAAGGACAAGGAUGCCCAUCUACGACUGGGCCUCGUCAUCCCGGGGAUGCUUGUCCCGGAGAAGGCACCAGACAAGAUCGAGUAUGACACGGCUCUGCAGACCCUGACGCUGAAUUUAUUGGCGCCCAUGAUGCUGGUGAAACAUCUCUGUCAAUUUCUGCCGCCAAAGUCGAGCACGUUGAAGCAUCACCGUCACCUGCCGGAUCCGGCCGUCCUGGCUCUGAUGAGCGCCAGAGUGGGAUCAAUAAGCGACAAUCGCCUCGGUGGAUGGUACAGUUACCGGUCUUCCAAGGCUGGCCUCAACCAGUUCGUCAAGUCCACCGAUAUCUACCUGCAAAUGAAGUGCGCGGCAAAUGCCAUGUGCAUCGGCCUACAUCCUGGCACCGUCAGGACGGGGCUGAGCGAGCAGUUCUGGAGCAGCACGCCCAAAGAAAAGCUGUUCACUCCAGAGUUCAGCGCAGAGAGACUGCUCGACGUUGUCUUGAACUUGCAAGAGAGCGGCCGUGGCAAGUGCUGGGAUUGGGCAGGCAAAGAAAUUCCCCCCUAGUCCAUGUGGAAGCUCUCAUGCCUCACAGCACCAGGCAGCUUCAAAUCAUGACCUACCUACAGUAUUACGGAGGAGGUUUUGCGGGGUGAGGGUCACAUUCUUCCCAGCCGGAUGGACUUUUUCGCGUAAGACUAUCCCAUCUGAUCCCAGCUGGCCUCCCAGAUGGGAUGUGUCCUUUCCCCAGUCUCCGUCUGUUACGGUUAUCUAAGGAUGGAGAGACGUGGAGCGUCGUGGAGACGUGUGCAACAUUGCUUGUCCAUGGUUGGCAGUGUUGAUGAACUCUGGCCGGAAGGCUUAGGGCCCGUUGCUAAGCCGCAACUAGCAACCAUGGGUCUGCACUAAGAAACAGGGUCUUUUUUUGCCUAGGACCUCGCAGCAUCAUUAUCGAACGGCUUGCGAGGGAGGACGAGCAUGUCUCGUCGACAGGGGGCAGAACCAGUGUUAGGGACAAACAAGACCAGAGUAGCUCUACAACGUACAUAGUAAAACCACGCUGGCCCGCGGAUCAUCUUCGGAAGAGUCAAAGAAAGGUUCAAGUUCCUGGUCAUCUUGCAGCGCUGGUCCUGUAAUUCUCCGAUAAGCAGAGUUGAAGCCAUGUGUAGGUAUUUUUGUG